AUGUUCCAGGAGCCAGCCCAGGGCGCAGCCCCGACCCCGACCCCGACCCCGGGCCGUCGGCGAGGAACCUCGGCCGAGGCGCGGCCCCGCGCCCCCAGGGGCGUCGUCUCCAGGGGCGUCGUCUCCAGGGGCGUCGGGCAACCGCGCGGCGCUGAGCACCCGCCGCAGCUUCUACCCGCCGCUGCGCGUCCUCGCGUUCAAGAAAUUGAUCCACUCCUAAGGACUCCAGAAGAACAUGGGAUACAGGAUCCUUUACCCAAGGAAUUUCCAUCACGUUGUGCAAACAGAGCAAUGCAUGAGCAGGUGGCCAAUGGAUGGCCCAGCUGGGCCAGAAACUCAACACCUGGGGCACUGCGCUCACAUUACACCAACUGAAGUCUAGAAGGCUCGGUCAGCCCAUCCAUCAGCCUUUACAGGGUGAAGACCUC